AUGAGUGACUACAAACGUUUGAUUCAAUAUGAUGGAUUGGAAAUAGCAAAUGAUCUUUUAAAUUCAAAAAAAGAUGAAAAUAUUAUAUUGAUGUGGGUUGAUAAUCAUAUCGAUAACGAAAUCAAAGAUGCCAUGACACAAAUAAAUGAUGAUGACAAAAAUGAUAAUAUCAUUUGUUGUAAUUCUCAACAUGCAAUUGAUUGUAUUGAUAAAAAUGAAUUUGAAAAGAUAAUUAUUAUUGUAGCUGGAAAAUAUUCCCAAGAAAUAAUUCCAUUAAUUCAUAACAAAGAUAAAAUUGAUAGUAUUUAUAUAUUUUGUUUAAAUUCAAAUAAAUAUCAAUUACUUAUUGAUAUGAGAAAAUAUUCAAAAAUACUAGGUAUUUAUACAGAAUAUCAACAACUAUUUGAUUUGAUGUGUUGCAAAAAACAAUUAUGUUUAUUAAUUAAAUUUCGUUUGUUUAAUCAAAAACAAAAUGCUAUUCAUUUUUUAUCAAAUGAUUCAACAGGAUACUUGUUCUAUCAAGUUUUAAAACAUUUAUUAUUUCUAAUGCCAAAAAAUGAUCAAAAUAAAAUUGAAAUGUUAAAUAGUUGUCGGUAUUAUUAUAGAAAUCAUCCAUCACAAUUGAAAUUAAUUGAUGAAUUUGAGAACAAAUAUAUACCAGAAGAUGCAAUAUCUUGA